AAGCUUAGGGAUGAUAAUGUGACGGAUUUAGGAUUACCCAACCCCAAACCUGAUUAAAUAAGUUUGUCCCAAACUUGUGGGUUUCUAUCGAUUAAUUAUCCGUGGGUUGGUAUACCAUCGGAUUUCGAGUAAACCCGUUAAUUUAAAAAAAAAAUACUCGUUAGGUAUACCUAACCCAAAACCUGUUGUAUAUCUAGGAGGUAACUACUAACCAGUUAUAUUUAGCAUUACCACUAUAAAAAUAUAUCAAAUAACUACGAUAUAUGUAAAUAAUAUACCAAAAUUCUAAAAAAUAUAUAUUCAAUUGCAUAGAUGACACAAAUAUAGUGUAUGUUAAUAAUUGAUAUAUCAUAUAUGAGUGAGGUUAAAAAUUAAUUACUCCCCCAAAAAUAUAAAAUUCUGUAGUACCUGAACUUCAAUUCUCAUGUCUAUGAAGUCUUGUUUGUCAGGUACAUGGAAGCAUCAACGAUGGAAACAACAUCCAACGCAUCUCUACACAACAUUAAACAACAUAGUAACAAACUGUCUCGUAAAGCACGACAUAACCUCAACCAACAUGGCCAUCGCAACCCACUCAAAAAACGGCCAACUUAACACUGCCCGCAAGGUGUUCGAUGAAAUGCCGCAACGAACAGUUGUAUCUUGGAACACCAUGAUAUCCACUUACUCCAAAUGGGGAAGAUACGGUGAGGCUUUAAACAUACUUUCCUCUAUGCAUUUCAACAAUGUGAAGCUAAACGAGACAACUUUUUGUUCCGGGUUAAGUGCUUGUGCUCGAUUGCCUUCGUUUUAUGCGGGCAAGCAGCUUCAUGGGCUGGUUUUGAGAUGUGGAUUGGAGAGUUUUCAGCUUGUCGGGAGCGCGUUGUUGUACUUUUAUGCAAAGUGUUGUGAGAUCGAAGAAGCUAGACGCGUGUUUGAUGUUUUGCAUGAAGGGAACGCGUUGCUAUGGAGCUUGAUGCUAGUGUGUUAUGUUCGGUGUAACUUGUUAGAUGAUGCGUUGGAUGUGUUUGACAAAAUGCCGGUUCGUGAUAUUGUUGCUUGGACUGCACUGAUCUCUGGGUUUUCGAAGACGGAUGGUGGGUUAGAGAAGGCUUUGGAGUUUUUUUGUUUAAUGAGAAGAAGGGGUGAGGCGGAGGCAAACGAGUUCACUUUGGAUUGCGUGAUAAGGGUUUGCGGUCGAUUAGAUGCGUUGCGUGAGGGAAUGACGGUACAUGGGCUUGUGAUUAAAUGUGGAUUCGAGUUUGAACACUGGAUUAGUGGUGCACUAAUUGAGUUUUAUUGUGCUUGUAAAGCAAUUGAUGAUGGGAAAAAGGUGUACCGUGGGUUAUCAAACCCGGGCAUUUCGAGCUCAAAUUCUUUGAUCGAAGGACUCGUCGAAAUGGGUAGGAUUGAAGAAGCAGAGUCGGUUUUUAAUACCCUUGUUGAAAAAGAUCCAAGUACGUAUAACUUAAUGAUCAAAGCCUAUUCAUUGGUUAAUCGAUUCGAGGAUUCGGUUGAGCUCUUUUUCAAAAUGCCUCGAAAGGUUUUAGCUUCCUUUAACACUAUGAUAUCGGUGUAUUCUCGAAACAGAGAUUUGAAUAAGGCUUGUGCGCUCUUUGAAGCAAUGAAAGAAGAAAGGGAUAUUGUAACAUGGAAUUCAAUGAUCUCAGGCUACAUCCACAACAAUCAACACGAAAACGCGUUGAAUUUGUAUAAAACAAUGCAUACGUUAAGUAUAAAAGGAUGUAGAUCAACUUUUUCUAGCUUGUUUCAUGCAUGUUCAUGCCUCGGGUCUCUUCAAAUGGGAAAACUACUUCAUGCACAAUUAGCUAAGACACCGUUAACAUGGAAUGUUUAUGUAGGAACUUCAUUAGUAGAUAUGUACUCCAAAUGCGGGAGCGUAAAUGAUGCUCGGUUAUCUUUUAUCAGCAUUGUGAAUCCGAAUGUGGCUGCAUAUACUGCUUUGAUUAAUGGAUACGCACAUCACGGGAUGUGUACUGAGGCGAUUUUACUUUUCGAGAAUAUGGUCAACAUUGGAGUCAAACCAAAUGUGGUAACUUUCGUCGGGGUUCUGUCUGCUUGCGCUCAUGCAGGUCGUGUGAACGAUGGAAUGAAAUUCCUUCAUCAAAUGAAGGAAAAUUAUAACAUAACACCAACGAUAGAACACUUCACGUAUGCAGUUGACUUUCUUGGUCAAUCAGGGCGAAUACGAGACGCAGAGGAACUAAUUUCGAAAAUGCCUUUUGAGCCAGACGGUGUUAUGUUGGGAGCACUACUGAAAUCAUGUUGGGUAUGGUUUGACCUUGAAGUUGGUCAAAGGGUUGCUCAGAAGAUGGUCAAUAUGGACCCUAAACUUAUAUCCGCCGCGUAUGUAAUCAUGUCUAAUAUAUAUUCUGGCAUCGGGAAGUGGAAGGAGAAAAUGGAAAUUAGACGAAUUUUGACCGAUUCGGAAGUCAACAAGGAUCGUGGUUAUAGUUGGGUUGAAGUCAACAAUGAAGUCUUUGUGUUCUCUGUUGAAGAUAGAUCACAUCCAUGUUAUAGCAUUAUUUUUUCAACUCUCAUGCACCUAAUAGUAAAUAUCUACUCAAACAUGCUAUUGGAUAGUGAUUCCCAUACCUUUAACAGCAUCUAAAAUGUAUUACAGACUCAUAUUGACCACUGAAUAUAUUUUUCUUGUCCAUGACACCAUUUUUGAUGUG